AUGCCAAGACGAGUGAAAAGGGCCAACAAACCUCGAGUAUCAACCGAUGGAGUCUAUGAUGAUUUCGUAAAUUCGGACAUCGAAUUUAGCGACAAUGAUGCUGAGAGUGAAUCCGAAGAAAGCAACGUGCAGUACAAACGUAUACGAAUUGGAAGUGAAUUUCUUAGUGUCGACGAUGAACAAUUCAUCGAAGGCAAUUCUGACGAUGAUGAAUUUCACGGAUUCAGUUGUGAUGACUUGAUUGCAACGGACAAUAAUCUACCGCAAACUGGCGUUGAGCACGAAUGGAUAUUCACUGAGAAAAAAAGUAUAAAGUGGCGUGCUGGUAAUGUAAAUAAGAAGGACUUCAAAUUUGAACAUUCAGCUGACACUGAAGAUGCGGAAGACGAAAACCUGUCACCUCUCGACUAUUUUAUGAGGUACAUCCCUGAAGAAAUGUUUGAUGCAUUUGUCACCUUCACAAACAUUUAUGCCGAACAACAGAAAACAAAGAAGUGGUACCCGACUAACAAACCAGAAAUCAAGCAGUUCAUUGGCCUCCAAAUCUACAUGGGUAACUUAAAGUUACCGCGCAUCGAAUUGUUCUACUCAAAAGAUUUGGAUUUGAAGAUGUUUCGGGACACUAUUCCCCUUUACCGAUUUUAUCUUCUAAGGACCAAUCUCCAUUUGAUCGACGUCGAGAAAAUUCCGAAAGACUGCACCGAUAAAUUUGUGAGAGUGCGGCCUCUGAUGGAUGCCGUUAGAAAACGAUGCCUUGAACUGCCGGUGGAAGAAUUCUUAUCGGUGGACGAGCAGAUGAUACCGAUGCGAGGCAGAGUCACUAAAGGGGUAAAGCAGUACGUGAAGAACAAGCCGAAAAUAAAAUGGGGCAUAAAAAACUUGGUUCUUUGCGGGAAAAGUGGCUUAGCCUAUGAUUUCAUCUGUUAUCAAGGCUCAACGACCGAAUUUGAUCCAAAGAUGCUGUCAACAUUUGGAUCUGGAGCAACUAUGGUAUUACACUUAGCCAAUCGAAUCGACAAGAGUGGCCACAAAUUGUUUUUCGACAAUUUUUUCUCAACAUUCCAAUUGUUCCAAGUGCUGGCACAAAAGGAAAUAUAUGCUGCAGGUACAGUGAGACUUGAUCGAUUCGCCAAACCACCGUUCACUUCCGACGCUGAAAUGAAGAAAAAAGGACGUGGAUCAUCCGAACAAAAAGUGAGCGCAGAUGGAUCGGUUGUAUGUGUCAAAUGGUUUGACAACAAAUGUGUGGCUUUGGCUUCAAAUUAUGUUGGCAUUGGGGUCACUGAUAAGGCUCAUCGUUUUGAUAAAGGCUCGCAACAAAAGUUAGCAAUCGAAAGACCACAGAUAGUCCGCGAAUACAAUAUCAACAUGGGCGGAGUUGACUUGAUGAACCAGAUGAUAAGCUAUUAUCGCAUUUCUAUUCGAUCCAAAAAGUGGACGUUGCGUAUGGUUACACAUUUCAUUGAUUUUUCGAUCGUUCAAUGUUGGAUCGAAUAUAAGAUGGACUGCCAAAAGUUACAGAUUCCGGCUCGGGAAAUAAUGGAUUUGCUUGCGUUUCGGAUGAAACUGGCAAACCAGCUAUUAGACCCACAUACGAACGCCAAGAGAACUACUCGCCUUACGCUUGACGAAAUUCGUUCGAAACAGAAUAACAAUGGGAAGAGUCGGGAGAGUAAAACCGAUCAUUGCAUUCGAUAUGAUGGAUUGAACCACUUGCCGAAACAUUCUCAAACACGGCUGAGAUGCAAAUUGGAGUCAUGCAACCUAAAGUCAUUGGUGGUUUGCUCCAAAUGUAAUGUUCAUCUUUGCUGCAACACAAACAACGACUGUUUCUUUGAUUAUCAUACGAGCCCGUAG